CGGGCCGGGAGGGAUUCAUUACUGGCCAAAGGUUGUGUUGGACGACUACUGCCUGACGCUGGAUGAUUUCGACUUUGCAAACGCACCGGAAGCCUGCAGUGGGCUCUCCAGUGCGCCCACUCCGUUUGGCGACUUUCUGACGGUUGAGCCGGACAAAACCGUAGAAUCUUGCCGAACCAGGGCGGCGUUCGACUUUCGCAUGCCGGUCGCGGAGCUGCAAAACGAGUUCGCGCACGCCUUGACGCUCGACCUGGCGACCAUCAACGAGGAUGAUGCGCAGGAUGCGACGGACACUACCGCCGGCGCCACGUCCACCGCUCACGCGUAUUUGGUCGGCGCGCCGGCAACGGAUGAGGAGUCCGGUCUAACGGACAGCGCCAGCUUCGCUGAUGAUGCGCUAGCUUCCGCCCGCCCCAGGGGAGACUGCAGCGCGCCGGCGGUCGACACUGUGACCGGUUUGACGAAAAGCGGACGCUGUCACCGGAUCGACCUGAUCGAAUACAACCUGCAACAGAACAACUACAACAUGGGCCGCGCCUUCCGCGGCGGAACCGAGUUCGGGCCGCGGCUGCCCGCGGGGUAUGAUAGUAUCGGACGCAGUGCUGAGCUUUCCAGUUUUGGAUUGAUGCAGCCCUGGGACGUUGAGCAGGGAACUGUUCUUGCAGAGAACGGCCUUCUUCAGCCUGGGCUGCAGGAGACCCAUUGGCCUUCGGUCGACACGAACGUUGAGGGCGAAAGUUCCUCCGCUUUUCCGCCGCCACUUGCAGACGGGGCAGUCUUCAAUCUGAAUCCUGCGCAAGAAUCGAAAGCCGUGCCGCUCACAACGGAGUCGCGGACGGUAUUUUGGUUCCACCAGUACACAGGCGGGUUCAGUUUGGUGCGGGACGAGCGCGUCUCGGCGGAGGAAAGCAUCAACAUUCAGUGCGUGCCACCACCUGUUGGCGCGCCAAACGAGUGUCUCAGGUACGAGUACUUCCCGCCGUCGGGACCCAGUUUUCCCCUCCGACUGGUGCAACACCUAGGCUACUGGUCCGAAAAGAGCAGCGCAAGCCGCACCUACACAAAAUGCAGGCUAGCGCACCAGGCUUGUCUCGACGCGCGCUUGAUAGACCGCAAGUUUCUGUGGGAGGAGGCGGAAAGCUACGCCAGGCGGAUCGGCUACGCGGAUUUGGUGGCUGAGGAACCUAUUUGGCCCUGGAGCCAGCUGCUGGCUUCCGUAGUCGUCGAAAGCGCGGGUAGUAGUGACGAGGAAGCGACGAAAGCAAGAGCAGCCUGGGAUCGGUUGCUCGAUGCCUACUGUACCGCUGGGGUCGAAAAGCCGUGUCGGUCAGCCGGACAGCGUGUGCUCGAUGAGUACCCGGAGAGGUAUGGCACCCCUUUCUUGGAGACCAGCCGGCAGAAGGGCUUCCACCUGCACCUCAGUGUGCACGAUGAUUUUGCGCCGGUGCCCAGCACGAUGGCAGCAAUGGCGUACGAGGACACGAUAACUGGCGCGUCCGACGAAGAAGGUGAUUCCGGGACGAGCGACAAUGUUGUCACGGCGCCGCAGGUGUUGCAACGGCAGGGGAAUGACAUCGAGAUGCACAACCCGGAGUACUGGCCGCAAAGCGUGCGCAUGGUGGACAGAGAGUCGGAUCUUUUCAAGAAUAGCCCUUACCCGACGCCCGGAACGAGUUCUACUUCGGAUGGACCUUCCGGCGGGGUUCUGGUAAGCAACAACGUGUUUAGCCUUGCGGAGUACGAUCCCACAUUGGAGGAGGCCUGGCGGACGAAGACGUGGCCGAUCUGGGCGCGGGACUACAAAAAUUACGUGCCGAACCCGCGCACCGCGGCGGGGCUCGAAUCCGCUGGACAACGUACGGCAGGGCGCAGAACCACCGUGAGAUUCGGGCCGAUUCGCAUCUCCAAGCACGUACACGUGUUCGGGGAUAGUACAAGGCCCAAAACCUGCCGGCAAGUGUACAAAGAUUUUCUCAGACUGCAGCAAAAUCAUCUCCUCAACGAACCAAGCGCAUCGACGACAACGUCCAUCACAAGUAGUACAACAACCACGUCGACGACGCCGCUACAGGAAAUGGAAACUGCAGCACCUGGUGGUGGGGACAAUAUUGUUGAUGUGAGCGAUGACGUUCCAACAGUGCCUGGUAGUAGUAACAACGGCACAACUUCUGACGAGGAACCCAGUACUACUGGUCCUGGGGAAGCGGCCACGACAUCGGCGGGCAGUACCAGCAGUACGACCAGUACCACAAGUACUAGCACUAGAAGCAGCAGCACAACGGGGUAUCCUGUUCCUCCAACGAGCACAGCAGCCGCGCCACCGUCGACCGUCGGGAGCACUAUGGCACCGCCGCGCACUCCAGGCAGUGAAGACAGCGGCGGUGGUGGUGGCGCAACUGCUCCUCCUACUACACCAACGCCCAAGACGUCGGAUGAUUUUCCGGCGAACCCAGACGCCACGGCUCCACCAAAUUUGUUUGACUCCUCCUCGGACGAUGGAACAGGCGAAACCGACACCGAGAUACAACAAGACGGUAAACCAUCAUCUCCAAGACCGGAAGAUCACGAUCAAGGAGAAGAAGAGGAAAAGAACAAAUCGAAUAAAGAACGUUGGAAGCAGGUGAACGCAAAUAAUGCGUUGGAUGCGUCGACGGACCCCGGCGAGGCAGGGCAAUCUAGUGGGAGUGGAAAAAUAUUUCCGCCAGAAGACCGUCCGGAGCAAGAGACAGCUUUGGAUAUAUGGGGCUCUCCGAAGCCACUGAAGGAGAAUCUCGUGUCCGCGUCGUGCUGCGGCGACGAGGGAGAAGUUGCGGCGGAAAGAAAAAAAGCGGACGUGCAGGAGCAGCCGCAGGUCUGGGGGACGCCUUCGGAGGACGACGACGGCGAGAACAAGGAUGGUCCUACUUCUACCGAGAAUACUAUGUGCAGCGAUAUGUGCGCGGGGAUUUCCAUCUCCGUGGCGGUUGUUGCGUUACUCGGUCUGACGUUCUGCGCCGGGUGGCUGGCAAACAGGAAUACGGGGUCCGCGCCCGCACAAACGGGGGCAGGAAUGAUCCGAACCAACAGCACCACGCCACCGCCUGGAGGUGACAGUAGCGUCCUGGUGUCGUCGGGGCCGGGCAUGGACCUGCCGACGUCGGCGCUGUCCUACCGGUCGACGCGCCCGACCGGUGUGGAGCUGCACGCCGAGCCGCUCGCGGCCGCGGGGGUCGGAAACUCUUCCGGCUUGACCAGUUUUUCCGAAAUGCUCGGCCCCGUGCUACGCACCAGCCAACUGUACGCUGUGCAGGACACGCAGCAGUUUGGGCCGCAAGACGCGGACGAGCAAGGUUCCACGAGUGUAGCCUCGGAAGGAAAAAAGAAAAAGAAAAAGGAGAAGAACCUCCUCACGACGUCGGACAGCGACAACUCCGCCGUGCAGAAAAAGUCGAAAAAGCACCGUUCCAAUCUUACCAAAGAUAGCACCGAGAUGCUGGCCCCGAAAAGCUCCAAGGAGAAGCUGACUACAGCAUCCAUGGGGUCAAACAGGAAAACUCUUCCGCCCGUCGUGCGCUCGUCUACGAACCAGCAGAGCUACGGAGCCAGCAAGAGCAAUACGGCUAGCAGCGGGCAAAUGGCGCAGGCCCUGGACCAGGGGCUGGGAUCGGCGGCGAUGCUGUACACCACGAAUCAGUACGUAAAUACCGGGCUGCACCAAGGUGAAACGGAUUCAGCUCUCCGCUACACGGACCAGCUCAAUACUACCAUAGAGAUCGUAGGGGAGGAUGCGAAGCAGAAGAAAAAAGACAAAAAGGAAAAAAAGAAAAGGAAGUCCAACAAGGCGGAGGGGGAAGAGGACUCCGAGGGCCUCAAUGCACUCAACAUGAAUUUGUUCCACACGGUUGAUGACGAGAAGAAGAAAAAAAAAUCGAAAAGGCAAAAAUCACCCCAGCCGGAGUAGCUGGGCUUGCCGAGGUAUAGUAAUCCAAUUUGCAGAAGCGUGUAGUAGUUGAAAUAGUAACCUCCCAGUUACUUUUUAGAGUGGACAUGAAGAUCAAGUAUGUUCGUCCUUCCCGAAUUGGGCGUAGAAACGAUUAUUAUAGUCUUAUAACUCUACUAGAUUUAGAGCUCGCAUAGAUGUUUCCACGUCCUUAUGUAUUUUUGUUUUCCUUCUAAAAAUAAAACUAUCAUAAGAGUAAACUUGCUGACCCUAACGUGAUCCACCCCAAUCCCAAUCGUCGUUACCCUGUCAUGAUUUUGAGCAGUCACCUUCGUGCUUGAUACCCAUAGGCAACAUCGGAAUAUCCCAUGCAUGAUUUACAGUCUUU